AUGAACAGCUUUGAUCUGACGCCGCAGCGGCACUUCCCGCCCCCCGGCCUUCGUCAGCUCGGCGUCUCCACCGAUGACUCGGCCAUCUUCAUCGAGGACACGAUCGACCGCACCAUGGCCCGUUGCAUAUCGGCCUCCCCCUCCGCCGUGUCCUUUCUCUCGCCGCAGCAGAUUCCCCCCACUGGCUACGUCGAUGUCGCCGCGUACGACCCCGCUUACCUCCGGACACCGACAGGGACGGGGGCGAGGGCGGGGGCGGGGGCGGACCCCUGCGCCGUGCGGCUCCGCUUCGUAAGCUCGCCGACGCCGUUGGACAGGGUCUUGGACGGGUUGCCCGACGCCUCACAGCCGCGUGGGGGCAGCCCUAGUGCGAGGAUGCCGGAACCAAUGGUGCCCAUGCGCGAGUUGGAGCGCGUGGAAAAGGAGCGCAACCGCUAUGAAAAGAUGUACGAGCAUCAAAAGAUGCUAUACGAGGAGAUGACAAACAAACAGACCGAGACAUACCGUGCGCUGCAGGAGAAAAUAAUCGACGUCAUCGCACUUUCUUCUCGUAACGAGGAGAGCAAACGGUACAUUCGACAACUAAAGAAAGAGAUGUCGGAAAGCCGCACACGCGUAAUCGACAUACAAAACAAAGCUUUAGAGGAAGCACGUGCUGAACGCGAUGCCAAGAGCCGCUAUGAGGCCAUGAUAGAGGACCAGACACGUCAUUAUGAGCAUAUGGCGGAACGCAACGAAGAUGCGGUAAUUGGAAUGGAGAGCUUCUUGCAGGAUUUGACCUACAUGAAACUUGAGGAGGACAAGCUGCAUGUGUCACAGCUUGAUUCUCUAUUAAAAGCAGCUUACACCAAAAACACUGCCUUGUUACGCGAUUUAUUGCGGCAAGACUGCCAAAUCAACCUUUUGUUUAAUAGUAAAGACUGCUUGGAGCGACAUGUGGACCAGAUCCGUCGGGAGAAGAAGGAACUCGAAAAAGCGCUGGCUGAUGAACGGCGUCAUAUGAUGUACGAAACAGAGCGAUUUGUUGAGCAAAUAGAGAACCAGCAGCAGUCAAUCCUGAACUUGCGCCAGAUGCUAAUCCGCACGAUGGACACCACUUCCAUGCAGGGGACGCCUGACUAUGCCAGCCACACCCUGCAGCCUGGCCCGUAUGUUAACACUACUACACCAAAAUCAUAUGUUCCCCCUUUCGAGACCCAAACGGCUGUCCCUCGAACCGGUUACAAGGCGGUGGAUCUUUUUAGUAACUCGGUAAGGAUACCGAAUUCCGUUGGACAGCCGUCCAAAGCACAUACCACCGAAGGUUAUGAAAAAACUAUUCACAACACCCUCAGCACGAACAGCCAGAGGGUAGAGGAUUUAUUUUGUUCACCUUCAGUUGAUUUGUCAGUGAUACGUCUGGAGCGAUCUGAUAAAAAACUAACUGAAACAACUUCGGCCCUGUACCUACCGGACGUAAUUAGUUUUAAGGAUGAUAUUGGCUCUGCCGCAACAGUCAUAUCGUCCAGUGGUCUAAACCCGUAUUACAUUCCAAAUUCUUCAGAAGCGUUGACGACAUUGAAGUCUGCUCAAGAAACAUCCGAGACAGUGAAAAACAAGCAACGAUCACAACACAUGCAUUCACAAACAUAUGAUGCCUUUUAUUUAACCAACGAAACACAAAAGUGUAAUCAAAGAAUACGCUCAGGGACGGAGGGACAUGAAAAAGAGAACAAUAGCCCUUCACACAUCCUCAAAUACCAAACCUUUUUGAAGAAAGAUAAUGCCAGGGCUAAACCCGAUGCUAGGGGUGGUUGCCCUCGGCUUGCACCGCGAUCAACAAUGCGGAUUUUAAUGCAACGCCACAAUAGGGAUGGUGAAAGCGACACCGUGUGUGGGGUCAAAGUGAAUGAUAUUUCCUCCAAAUGA